CAGUCGCAAAGACCUGGCGCGCAAACGAGGCCGGGGCCUCGCGGGGCCGGAAGCACGAAAUGGGGACCAAGAUGGCGGAUUUCGGUUCCCCUCAGAAGCUGUCAGGGGUUCCUCCGCCCGAAGGGAUGGGAGGAGGCCGAUGCUCGGAAAUCUCUACCGAGCUCAUUCGCUCUCUGACGGAGCUGCAGGAGCUAGAGGCUGUAUACGAACGGCUCUGCGGCGAGGAGAAAGUGGUAGAGAGAGAAUUGGAUGCUCUUUUGGAACAGCAAAACACCAUUGAAAGUAAAGUGGUCACUCUCCACCGGAUGGGUCCCAACCUGCAGUUGAUUGAAGGAGAUGCAAAGCAGCUAGCUGGAAUGAUCACCUUUACCUGCAACCUAGCUGAGAAUGUAUCCAGCAAAGUCCGUCAGCUUGACUUGGCCAAGAACCGCCUCUAUCAAGCCAUUCAGAGAGCUGAUGAUAUCUUGGACCUGAAGUUCUGCAUGGAUGGAGUUCAGACUGCUUUGAGGAAUGAAGAUUAUGAGCAGGCUGCGGCCCACAUUCAUCGCUACUUGUGCCUGGACAAGUCAGUCAUUGAGCUCAGUCGACAGGGCAAAGAAGGCAGCAUGAUUGAUGCCAACCUGAAAUUGCUGCAGGAAGCUGAGCAGCGUCUCAAAGCCAUUGUAACAGAAAAGUUUGCCAUCGCUACUAAGGAAGGGGAUCUGCCCCAGGUGGAGCGCUUCUUCAAGAUCUUCCCACUGCUGGGUCUGCAUGAGGAGGGAUUAAGCAAGUUCUCAGAAUACCUUUGCAAGCAGGUGGCCAGUAAAGCAGAGGAGAAUCUGCUGUUGGUGCUGGGGACAGACAUGAGUGAUCGGAGAGCAGCAGUCAUCUUUGCAGAUACACUCACUCUCCUUUUUGAAGGUAUUGCGCGCAUUGUGGAGACCCACCAACCAAUAGUGGAGACCUAUUAUGGGCCAGGGAGACUUUAUACCCUGAUAAAAUACCUGCAGGUAGAAUGUGACAGACAAGUGGAGAAGGUGGUGGACAAGUUCAUCAAGCAGAGGGACUACCAUCAGCAGUUCCGGCAUGUCCAGAACAGCUUGAUGAGAAAUUCUACAACAGAAAAAAGAGAACCAAGGGAACUGGACCCUAUCCUGACUGAGGUCACCCUCAUGAAUGCCCGCAGUGAGCUGUACUUACGCUUCCUCAGGAAGAGGAUCAGCUCUGAUUUCGAGGUGGGGGACUCCAUGGCCUCAGAAGAAGUAAAGCAAGAGCACCAGAAGUGCCUGGACAAGCUCCUCAAUAACUGCCUGUUAAGCUGCACCAUGCAGGAGCUAAUUGGCUUCUAUAUCACCAUGGAGGAGUACUUCAUGAGGGAGACUGUCAACAAGGCUGUGGCUCUGGACACCUAUGAGAAAGGCCAGUUGACGUCCAGCAUGGUGGAUGAUGUCUUCUACAUUGUUAAGAAGUGCAUUGGGCGGGCUCUGUCUAGCUCCAGCAUCGACUGUCUCUGUGCCAUGAUCAACCUUGCUACCACAGAGCUGGAGUCUGACUUCAGGGAUGUUCUGUGUAACAAGCUGCGGAUGGGAUUCCCGGCCACCACCUUACAGGACAUCCAGCGCGGGGUGACGAGUGCCGUGAACAUCAUGCACAGCAGCCUCCAGCAAGGCAAAUUUGACACAAAAGGCAUUGAGAGCACUGACGAGGCUAAGCUGUCCUUCCUGGUAGGUAGCCACAUAGAACUUUGCCAAAAUAAUAUUUCUAUCAUCAAGAAAGUUCUAUUGGGCAGUAGUGACUGCACCAAGUUGUUCAGCCAGGGCAUUGGAGGGGAGCAGGCCCAGGCCAAGUUUGACAGCUGCCUUUCUGACUUGGCUGCCGUGUCCAGCAAAUUCCGAGACCUCUUACAGGAAGGGCUGACAGAGCUAAACAGCACAGCCAUCAAGCCGCAGGUGCAGCCUUGGAUCAACACCUUCUUAUCUGUCUCCCACAACAUCGAGGAGGAAGAGUUCAAUGACUAUGAGGCCAAUGACCCUUGGGUACAACAGUUCAUCCUUAACCUGGAGCAACAAAUGGCGGAGUUCAAGGCCAGCCUGUCCCCAGUCAUCUAUGACAGCCUGACCGGCCUCAUGACCAGCCUUAUUGCAGUCGAGUUGGAGAGAGUGGUGCUGAAAUCCACCUUUAACCGGCUGGGCGGUCUGCAGUUUGAUAAGGAGCUGAGGUCACUCAUCGCCUACCUUACCACAGUGACCACCUGGACCAUCCGAGACAAGUUUGCCCGGCUCUCCCAGAUGGCCACGAUCCUCAAUCUGGAGCGGGUCACGGAGAUCCUAGAUUACUGGGGCGCCAACUCUGGCCCACUGACGUGGCGCCUCACCCCUGCCGAAGUACGCCAGGUGCUGGCUCUGCGCAUGGACUUCCGCAGCGAGGACAUCAAGAGGCUGCGCCUGUAGCUGCCAGGGGGCGCCCACCUGGCCCGUCAUUCUUCAGGCCCCUUCCCUAAGUGGCCACCGCCAAGUAGCUGAGCAAGGCUGUCUGGCUUGGGGAGUUCUGACGGAGCAGACUUCCACUGCAGACAGCAGGAAAUAAGGCUCAACUCACUCUGCUGUCUGCACUCAGGCCUGUCUGGGUGGUGCUUUGCAGGUAGCCUCUCCCUACCAAGAGAGGUGAGUCCCCCUGGGCACCUAAUUAUGUGGGAAAGCCAAGGCAGGCCAGCUUUCUGCACAGGUGGCCAUUCUGUCCUCAGACACUACAGCAAACAGCCUGCCUCCCUGCCAGCCCUAAAGGACUUGGGUAUAUCUGGGGCCCUGGGGAAUUAGGUUUACUCUGAGGAGAGGCUGUGAUGUUUAUGAUCACCCUGAAUAAAGACACUCCUUGGAGAGA